AUGCAAUUUGUUAAAUUCUUAUUCGUCUUCAUCGCAUUGAUUGUUGCAGUCUGCGCUCAAUUUCCUUCUUUGCCAGGUGGUGGAUCAGGAAAAAACAGCAGCGGUCUCGGUGGGUUAACAGGUGAUCUUCCUGCAUUAGGUGGUAGUGGCCUUCCUGUUGAUCUUCCUAUCGGCGGCGGUGACUCAGAAGGAGGUGAAGAUGCUGGAGAAUCUGAAGAAUAA